CGCCUCGUCUCUUUCCAUUCCUUUCACAACAGCGAGAAAAACGCGGCGAUAUUAAGCGGGAAAAAAAACACGACUCGCUCAAACUUGAAAAAUGGCUUUAUAGCGGCGAGCGCAACGGCAGAACUAACAGCGGCACAAACAACAGUGCAGCGCAUUUUAUUUGGCAAACAUGGCGUCCCUCGUGACAUUCCCCAGCAGCGCUGCAGUCGACAGCAAACUCUCCCGCCAGCUCGACAACUCCUCGUUUUCUCUCUCUCCGCGAGAUUCCUCUCGGAUAACGACAUCACCAGACUCCUUCCACAGCCGCACGUUGCACGAUGACCUCGUCCGCCGUGACCUCCGACCUCUUGGACUCCCUGCUCUGGGGGUCCCCUUCGUUUCUGACGGCUGAGCCCGAGGGGGGGGGCGCGGGGGGGCUCUUACUCUCCGGCAGCGGUGAUGAUGAUGAUGAGAUGUUUCAGUCACAUCUGAAGGAGUUUGGGUCCCCCUCUUCCUCCCCCCUGUCUCCCUCCUCUUUCUUCUCCUCCUCUUCCUCCUCCCCCUCCUCUUCCUCUCUGUUGCAAUGCCCCCUGGGUAAAGCCGUGGAGCCGCUUGAUUGGCUGUUGGAUCCCAUGGCAGGCGACUGCACUGAGGAUGCUUUCUCAGGCAUGGACUGGAUGGUGCAGAAGAUGGACCUGAGUGAGCUGGACCUGGACUCCCUGAUGGACCCCUGCGAUUCGGGGGCCCUCCCCAGCCCCCCCGAGGAUCUGCUCUCCUCCCUGGGGGGGAGCUGCGACCUGGACCUGGAGCUGGGGGGUUACCUGGCUUCCUUAACAGCAGAGCCCCACAGCGAUCCGUCCUUCAUACCAGAACCCCCGGCCGAACCGGAACCGCCGGUCGCCGUGGAGACCCUUCAGGAAGCCGUUACCCCGGGAGCGGGAUUCGUCUCGGAGCCCCUGUCCUCCUCCUCCUCCUCGACCCCAGCCCUAGAAGGACAAGUAGAAGGUCAUCAGUCUUUCUCUCUGGAGCUGGGCAGCGAAGUCGACAUCGACGAGGCCCAGGAGACGCGGACGGAGCCUGUGCUCCUGCUGUGGAAACAAGAGGCACAGACCCCAGAGACACAGCUACAAACGCAAGAGACGGAGCCCGUGCUCCUGCUGUGGAAAGAAGAGGCACAGACAAUGGAGAUCGAAGGGUACUGCUCGUCUGACACAGACAGCGGCCGCGGCUCCCCUGAACGCAGCCCCUCCCCCUCCUCCUCCUCUUCCUCACAGCCCCGAAAAGCCCUGUCAGAAGCCGCUGAUCAUCCCUCUUUCUCUCAGGAGCUGGGCUGUGAAAUUGACAUCGACUCAGCCCAGGAGGCCCUGUCGGAGCCCGGGCUUCUGCCUUGGAAACGGGAGAUCGAGGGGUACUGCUCGUCCGACACGGACAGCGGUCUGGGCUCCAGCUGCGGCUCCCCUGAACGCAGCCCCCCUUCGUCCUCCUCCUCCUCAUCCUCAUCCUCGGAGCCCCGCAGAGCAGCAGUCAAGCCUUACUCCCGCCCGACCCGAGAGGAGCAGGAGGUCUGCGUCUCCCUCUCCGGGCACGUCAAGUCCACCGACAAGAGGAAGAUGAAGAAGAUGGAGCAGAACAAGACGGCGGCCACCAGGUACCGGCAGAAGAAACGUUCUGAGCUGGACCGCCUGCGAGGGGAGAGGGAGGCGCUGGAGGAGAAGAACCGGGCGCUGGGAGAGAGGGCGGAGGCCAUCGCCACGGAGAUCCGCUACCUGACUGAGCUCAUGAGGGAAGUGAGGGAAGCCCGGGGCAGGAGACUCCAGCAGGGCAAAGGCACCGAGUGAGGCUGGAAUUGGAGUAGCAGAAAUAGGAGUUUUCUUUUUUUGACACAUUAGACAGACAGACAGACAGACAGACAGACGUUUCCUCUAUCCCUAGCUUUUCAUGCAGUCUCGGUAGGCUGGUGUGUGUGUUUCACAGCUGGUGCAGAAAGCAGAAGUCUCUGUGUGUCUCUCUCUAUCUCCUUUUCUUUCUUUCUUUAUUUCUUUCUCUCUCGACCAGCCUGAUUUUUUUUGUUCCUGGACUGUUACACAGAAACUAUUCAAGCACUCUAUCGCUGAAUUCAGAAAUACCAGAAGUUGAUGAACGGAUUCUGUCACAAAACCUUUUGUGUCGAUUCUCAUGUUCAUCUUUCACAUUUCGUUCGUCGACUUGUGUGUAUAUGUAUAUUUUGUGGUUAAUAAAAAAUUCUUAUCCUCAA